AUGCCGUCUGCUUUCCAGUUUCAGUGCCACUUCGUCCUCAUUUUCCUGGCAGCCUCCAAGGGGGAAACCAGAUACCUAGAGGUGAGGGAUGCCGGUGAGGAUGAGCCCUUCCUGCUCCUUAGCGAAGACCUGAAGAGAGAACUGUCUGCAGGGCAGAUUUACCGGCGGUCACUCCGGUGCAUCGACAUGCUGAGCAUAGAGGGGCAAUUCACCUUCACUGCAGAGCAACCGCAGCUGCACUGCGCAACCUUCUUCAUUGGGGAGCCCGAGGAGCUUAUCACAAUAGACUAUAACUUUGUGAAUAUUGACUGCCAAGGGGGUGAUUUCCUGAAGGUGUUCGAUGGCUGGAUACUCAAAGGAGAGAAAUUUCCCAGUUCCUUGGACCAUCCCCUCUCCACUUCCCAAAGAUACAUAGACUUUUGUGAAAGUGGCAAUAUUCAGAGGAGCAUCAGGUCAUCUCAGAACGUGGCAAUGAUCUUCUUCAGGAUUCAGCAGCCAGGCAAUGGAUUUACCAUCACAGUCAAGAAAAUCACUAACCUCUUUC